AUGGACCUUGAAUCUCCACUCAUAAGACCGACGAAAACGACGUGGAGACUUAACGACUCCCUUUUAACCGACCUCCCACUGAGGGCCCAAGUCACCGACACUCUACGGACGUACUUUACCGAGAAUGAGACGGGAGACGUAUCUGAUAUGACAGUAUGGGAGGCACACAAAAGUGUACUCCGGGGCAAGCUUAUCCAAAUCGCGUCACAACGGAAAAGAGAGGCGGGCGCACUUAUGUCAAACAUCCUGGACCGGAUCCGCUCCCUGGAAACACAACACAAACGUCAACAGGUGGAAGAUACCUACAAAGAACUAUUAGAGGAAAGAAGGAGACUACACGCACUGCUACUCAAGAGACACCUGAGACAACUCCGUAGAUCUAAAGGCUUCUUCUACCUCCACGCAAACAAAGGAGGCAAACUCCUCGCACAAAUGCUCAGGGGACAACAACACCCCUCACAAGUCCACAAAUGA